AUGUUAAAGAUUGAAGAGAUUGACCCCUGUGUUAAAGCAUACUUAUACGAUAUUGACUAUCAUAGAUGGUCUCGAGUACAUGCUACGGUGAACAGAACUUGGACUAUGACAUCAACCAUUGCAGAGUCGUUGAAUGCUGUGAGGGCUUCAACAGACUACAUCCAUACAGUACUAGAUGGUGUGAGGCGCUAUAUUGUUUUUCUUGAAAACAAGAGAUGUAGUUGUGGGCAAUUCCAGCUUGACGAACUUCCUUGUCCACAUGCGUUGGCUGCUUUAAGACACAGGGAUGAGUCUUUUGAAAUACCAGUAAAUCCCCUGCCUGAUGAAAGCAAAUGGAAUGUGCCACAACAUAUAUCUGAAGAAGUAGUAAAUCCACCUACAGGAGGGAAAAGGCAGCCAGGAAGACCUCAAAAAGAAAGAUACAAAACAUAUGAUGAAAUAAAUUCAAAGAAGUACAAGGUUUCAUGUGGCAACUGCGGAGCAGAAGGGCAUAACAAAAGAUCUUGCAAAAAUGCACCCAAAAAGAAAUAA